AUGGAGCGCGCCAGGAAACCAACAGCCCUCGCCACGACACCAGGCCUCCCGCCGCAGCCCCAGGUGACACUCACCGACUCCAACGCGCGCCUGACGGCCACCCUCCCCACGGGCGAGUCCAUCGACAUCCUCCUGCACGGCGCCACCAUCCUCUCCUGGAAGGACGCCGCCGGCCGCGAGAACUUUUGGCUCAGCGACGCCGCCAAGCUCGACGGAUCGGGCGCCGCACGGGGCGGUAUCCCCAUUGUCUUCCCCGUCUUCGGCACCAGCGAUGGCCACGGCGCCGAGAAGCUGCCGCAGCACGGGUUCGCGCGUAACUCGCGGUGGGAGUUUCUCGGCAAGAGCACGAGCGAGGCCGCCAAGGAGGGCGUCAAGCUCGACUUUGGCCUCUCGUCGCAGAACCUGAGCGACGACGUCCGCGCCCAGUGGCCGUACACGUUUGGCCUGCUGUACAGCGUCACCUUGGACCGCGGCAGCCUCAACACGACCCUCGUCGUCACCAACGACGGCGACGUCCCUUUUGAGUUCCAGACCCUCCUGCACAACUAUUUCCGGGUCGACGACAUUGAAAAGGUCACGGUCACGGGCUUCGAGGACGCGCCCUAUGUCGACAAGGUCGACCAGUUCAAGACAAAGUCCCAGGCGGGGCCCGUCACUUUCGCCGGCGAGACGGACAGGGUGUACACCCCGGCCCAGGGGCCGGGCCACCCGCUGGUGAUCGAGGAGGACGGCAAACCCCGCUUCCGGAUCGUGCGCGACAACCUCGAGGACGCCGUCAUCUUCAACCCCUGGGUGGACAAGGCGCAGGGCAUGGGCGACUUUGAGCCCAAGGACGGCUGGAAGAAGAUGCUCUGCGUCGAGCCCGGGAGCGUGAGCAAGUGGCAGACGCUGGAGAAGGGCGAUGCCUUCGAGGCCGCCCAGACCAUCUACCUGGUGUAG